GAUUCGAGAGGUGGGCGGGUCCACAAAAGGGUCUCAGGUGUACACACGGGUAUUGAAGUGAAAUUGAGGGUUGCGCUGGUGCUCCAGCCUCGGUUUGCCAGCUCCUGACAGAGAAGCCCCCCCAGUGCUGAAGUGAGAAAUGAGCCGCUUCUUGAAUGUGCUACGCAGCUGGUUGGUUAUAGUAUCCAUUAUAGCCAUGGGGAACACACUGCAGAGCUUCCGAGACCACACCUUCCUCUAUGAAAAGCUGUACACUGGCAAGCCAGACCUUGUGAAUGGCCUCCAAGCCCGAACCUUUGGCAUCUGGACUCUGCUCUCAUCAGUAAUUCGUUGCUUCUGUGCCAUCGAUAUCCACAACAAGACUCUCUACCACAUCACACUCUGGACCUUCUUCCUUGCUUUGGGGCACUUUCUCACUGAGGUGUUUGUAUUCGAGACAGCUGCUCCAACGGUUGGAGUCCUGGCCCCAUUGAUGGUGGCGAGUUUCUCUGUCUUUGGGAUGCUGCUUGGGCUGCAGUACCUGGAGGUAGAGCAAGUGUCCCGGCACAAGAAGAGAAAAUGAAGCCCUGUGUACACCUCAUGUUUGCCAGCAUCACUUACCUAUUGCUGAGCCUUCCUCGACUGGGUUCUCUCCCCACCUUUCCUGGUGUCUUUUCUUUCCUUAGCCAUCAGCCCCUUUUUCCACCCCCAUUCUUUUAAUGUUUUGAAUUGCUGCCACAGCUAGGUUUCCCCUUCCUGACCCCUACCUUUGUUUUUGGUUUCAUCAAUUGAUUUUAUUUGUGUUGGGGAAAGGUGAGAGCUGGAAAUCCUAAAGCUGUCAUCCUAUCACAGAGCAUCUCUAAGAGAACUUUGGUACCAGGGAUUUGACAGGUUAGAAUGGGGCCUCCUCUCCCACUGGGACCAAGACUCUUCAGAAUUACUAAGAUAACAAAAUGGCCCUGUGAACCAGCAAACCCAUAGAAAACCAUGUGUUACUUCUGAAUUUGGAGAAGAAAGAUCUAUGUCUUAUUGUAGACUUUAUGAAAAUUGAUGUCUAUGUAGGUUGUUUUGUAAUAAAUGGUAAACAAACA